AUGUGGGGGGACGCGGCCGGACGUGGGGAUAAUUGGAAGAAAAAUGCAUCGCGUGACUGGUCAGACACAGAUAGAAAAUUUGCUGAAAAUAUUGGACUUAAAUUUUAUACCCCUGAAGAAUUUUUCGACAAUGAUAAGAUAGCGAUGCCUUUCUCUUAUAGUGAAGGGUUUGAUCCCAAGAAACUCCCAAGCGAUGUCCCGGCUUCUCCACCACUUGUUACAUCGAAUGAACAUGAAAUAAUAAUUUUCGUCGGAUUUCCUGCAAGCGGAAAAACGACGUUCGCUAGAAAACAGCUGAUAAAUAAUGGAUAUACGCACAUCAAUCAGGAUACACUCAAAACUAAGGCGAAAUGCAUAAAGGCUUGUGAAGAAGCCCUGAAGAAAAAAACGUCUGUUGUUAUAGACAGCACAAAUUCCACUGUUGAAAGUAGGAAAGUAUAUGUUGAUUUAGCAAAUAAGUAUCGCGUUCCCAUUCGAUGUUUUUGGUUCCAAGUAUCGGAGGCUUUAGCGAGGCAUAAUAAUAUGUACCGAGUUUUCGGCUUAACUGGCCUGGGUCGUACUUUACUACCGGAUGUUUCAUUUCAAGUUUACAAGUCAAAAUUCUGCGAACCGACACUCGACGAAGGGUUUCAAGAAAUAAAGUUAAUCAAUUUUAUAUUCGAGGGCAAUGAAGAAGAAAGGAGGAAGUUUGAAAUGUGGUAUAUUUAA